AAAAAAAACAAAACAAAACAAAAAAAAACAAAAUUAAAACACGCGAAAAGGAAAACAAGAACGACCCCCGCCAUUCCCCACCCCACCCCCUCCACAGCGAUCAUUUCUUUUUUUCUUUUUAAAAAAAAAAAAGAAAAGAAAAGAAAGAAAUAUCGCCUUCCUCCCUCUCACCGCCUCGCCAACACAUAUUUUUGAAACCCUAGAUAGGGAGACACGCAUUUCUUCAUCUCUCUCUGUUCAGGGGAAAAUGAUUCCGGUUUCUCUUUCCUCUCUCUAGAUUCCGCAACUUGUCGCGUUUCAGAUCCACGACGCAAUCCUCAGAUUCCUUCAUUUGAGCUGAAGCUCUUAAUUUGUCGCGGAUCUCGCCGGAUUAUAUUCUUUUUCUGGCGAUUUUGUGGUCUCGAUCCAGUGAAUUUUGCCCCGAGGGAAUGCCGGAAUUACCUAAAACCGAUUCGAUUCACAUCCGCGAGGUGUGGAACGACAAUCUCGAUGAGGAAUUCGCCCUAAUCCGCGACAUCGUCGAUCAAUAUCCCUACGUCGCCAUGGACACGGAGUUCCCGGGGAUCGUCCUCCGUCCAGUGGGGAACUUCAAGAACAGCUACGACUUCCAUUAUCAGACCUUGAAGGACAACGUCGACAUGUUGAAGCUCAUCCAAUUAGGCCUCACCUUCUCCGACGAGCACGGGAACCUCCCGGCCUGCGGAGCCUCCGGCGAGUACUGCAUCUGGCAAUUCAACUUCCGUGAGUUCAACGUCAACGAGGACGUCUUCGCGAACGACUCGAUCGAGCUCCUCCGCCAGAGCGGCAUCGACUUGAAGAAGAACAACGAGGAAGGAAUCGACGCGAAGCGAUUUGGAGAGCUCCUGAUGUCGUCCGGGAUCGUGUUGAACGACAGUGUUCAUUGGGUAACUUUCCAUAGCGGUUACGAUUUCGGGUACUUGCUCAAGCUCCUAACAUGCCAGGACUUGCCUGAUACCCAAGCGGGGUUCUUCAAUCUGAUCAACAUGUAUUUCCCUACGGUUUACGACAUCAAGCAUUUGAUGAAGUUCUGCAAUAGCCUCCAUGGUGGGCUGAACAAGCUUGCGGAGCUUUUGGAGGUGGAGAGAGUUGGGAUUUGUCACCAGGCCGGUUCCGAUAGCUUGCUGACGUCUUGUGCGUUCAGGAAAUUGAAGGAGAAUUUCUUCAGCGGUUCUCUGGAGAAGUACGCAGGUGUGUUGUAUGGUUUAGGUGUUGAGAAUGGACUCAAUAAUACUACUCAUUGAGGUGAAAAAUGUUUUUCAAUUGAGCUAAAAAAAAAAAAAAGGGAGAGUUGUGUUAGUUCUCUUCCGUGCCUCGUAUCAACAUUUCUGUGUACACUUUUGGAAACAAAAAGGUUUCUUAAUCUAUGAAUAGUUUUUGGUAAUCUUGUUAUCUCUA